AUGGAAAAAUAUCUCGGAAAAAAAUAUAAAUUGAAAUCAUCGGACAACUUUGAGGAAUAUCUCAAAUUUAUUGAGGUGGGCCUAUUAUCACGGAAGCUGGUGACUUCACUGUCUCCAGUCAGUGUGCUGACCAAAAACGAAGAUGGCUCAUACUCUCUUACAAUGAUAACUCCGAUACGGAAGGUUGUCAUUACCUUCCAACUCGGAGUGGAAUUCCAGGAGGACAGACCAGAUGGUAUCAAAGUGAGUUUAUCCGACGAGAGAGUAGAAUCUUUCGCCUCACUCAACCAAAAACAGUCCCUUCAAAAGGAUGGCGAUGACUACGUCCUGAUCUACGACAAUCCUGAUGGUCAGAGAGUCAUUAAGUUCAAGAAUGGAGUUGAGUUCGACGAGGAGGUCACUCCUAACUGUAUUUCUUCGGCAGACAAGACAACAUUUAAAAUGGAUUUUCUUGGUAAAACCUACAUCAAAGAAAAAGAUGAGAAUUUCAAAGAAUUUUUGGUGAGUUUAGGUGUGGCUGAGGAAAAAGUAAACGCUCUUGUCUCUUUUGAUCAAAAAAAUUGCCUUAAAAAGGAUGGUGAUGACUAUCUCAUGAUCUUCAACAAUCCUGAUGGUGAAAAGGUGCUUAAAUUCAAGAAUGGAGUUGAAUUCAACGAGGAGAUCGCUCCUAAUGUUAAUUCAAAAACGACAUUCACCCUUGAUGGCAACGUUCUUCAUCAAGUGCAAAACUUGGGGCUUUGUAUUAUAAACAUUAAAAGGGAAUUCUCUGCCGACCAACUCAUCAUGACGAUCACAACAAACUUAUGGGACGGCACUGCACGCAGAUAUAUGAAACCAGUCUAA